CUUUAUUAUUAAUGAAAUUAGGUGCUACCUCAACUUCCCAAUUAUUACAACAAUUACAGUACUAUUCCCACAUUACCCAUCACCUAUCUAAUGCCUACCCUAGGUAGUUGCUAGAUCCAUAUUUCCAUUUUAUAAAACUUCUCCUCAUUAAAUUUCAACAAUGGGGUGGGCGUCUUGGCUGUUCGUCAUGGAGGACUAUAUUGUCGGAAAGCUUCUACGGUCCUCAACGUUCCAGCGAGGCGUUCGACGCAUCCACAAAACCGUAGAGGACUAUAAAUACGGACGAGACCCGAGUGAGCCCAUGCGAGAAGGAGAAGCUACUCGGCGCCCUACGAACUCCAGGUUGAGCGGGUUUAUGUCCCACUUCACCGACGAACUCCGUAAUCAAAUUCGCGAUACGACAAUUCGCCGUCCUAAGAAGUGAACAGCAUUGAGAACGGCAAUGACCAUAUUGAUGGCCAUGAAAAAAUAUAUCGUGCACAACUAGGCGGUGAAAGAUACGCCAGUCGACUAGAAUCCAGUGGGCAGCGCCGGAAACUCAGUUUAGGAGGACUUGUGGCUCGUUUCGGUUGCCGGAAUUGUCACAUUACAAGGACGUUCGGCAACUGACAUAAAGCUACUCUGUCACGGCGGAAAUCGUCUGUGUUUGGCUUGCUGGAGCCUAUGAUACGAUCGCUAAAGCCACUUCGCAGCAUAUCUAACCCGAUAGUAUGACCUUAGGGGGUUCCAUAGAUUCCUUAUUACUUGCCGAUACUAUAGUACAGGACUGCCUUCCAGCAGAGUUUUUCGCCACGCAUACUCCGGUAGUAUAUUAGGAGAUAUCAAACUUAGUGAGUCGCUUCAGCCUAGCCACCGGUGAAGCCAGUUCUCAAACGCCUAACUCAUUAGAAAGGAUGGUUGAUAUUUCAUACAUGUAACCAGGAGUUGUUUGGUAUGUUGAACUCAGAAUACAUUUAGAGAAGAUAUGAAGUUAUGAUACACGGCAGGCAUUUAUUAACGGCAUCACUUUAUC